AUGGUUCGAAGUAUGAAGAAUAAAUUGCAGCUACUUAGGGAGGAAGAAUGGGAGACAUUUUUAGAAGAUGUCAAAAAAUUUUGUGAUGAUAAUUUCAUUGAAGUACCCGAUAUGGAAGACAUAUUGCCUAUCCAAGGUCGCUCUAGGCGUGAGGGACAAACUGUUACUUACUUCCAUAUAUAUCGUGUUGAGAUCUUUUACGGGGUUAUUGAUCUUAUUUCCCAAGAGAUGGAUAAUUGUUUUAUAGAAAGAAACACAGAGCUACUACUUUGUAUUGGCUCCUUGGAUCCUAGGAAUUCAUUUUCAAGUUUCGAUAAUUCAAAACUUGUUCGCCUUGCACAAUUUUAUCCAGAGGAUUUCUCUUUAUUAGACCUUGAGCUGUUGCCAAAUCAGUUGGAUAAUUUUAUCUAUGAUGUGAGAACGGAUAAAGAUUUAUCUGGACUUCAAAAUAUAGGAGAUCUUUCUGUAAUGAUGGUUAAGACACACAGACACACUGCUUAUCCUUUAAUUUAUCUUCUAGUUGAGUUAGCUUUGGUUCCGCCUGUUGCCACUGUUACUAUUGAGAAAGUUUUUUCUGCUAUGAAAAUGAUCAAGACUUAUCAGCGCAAUAGGAUGGGAGAUGCGUAG